AUGCUUGACUCCAUUAUCAACACGACCCUUCUGGACGAUGUCAUGAAGGAGGACCCUACAACAAAUUCCUUUCAGGAUUUCAUUGCAACAUUGAGCGGACACGAAGAUUCGCUCUUGGUCAUGUCUGGAACAAUGGGCAACCGGGUUGCUCUCCGAACAGCCCUCCUGGCACCGCCGUACAGUGUCCUUUUGGUUCCUUCCAAUGGCCACCAUCUCACCCUCAAGGAUGUCGAAAAGCACGCCAAUCUUCGGGAUGAUGUUUAUGACUAUCCAACGCGAAUAAUAAGUCUAGAAAAUACACUGUCAGGAACCAUCAUGCCCAUGGAAGAUACUCGUGAAAUCUCAAGUUGGGCACGUAGUCAAACCCCUCCAAUUCACAUGCAACUAGACGGCGCUCGUCUGUGGGAGGCUGUAAAUGCUGGAGCAGGUACCCUAAAGGAGUACACUUCAUGCUUUGAUAGUGUGUCUCUUUGCUUCACCAAGGGUCUUGGUGCGCCAAUUGGAUCAAUUGUCAUUGGGAACUUAGCUUUUAUUAAGCGGGCCCGGUGGAUGCGAAAGAUCCUGGGUGGAGGAAUCCGUGCAUCAGGCAUUCUGUGCGCUCCAGCGAGAGUUGCUGUUGAACAAGUAUUCCUUGGUGGGCGCCUUCGACAAAGUCAAGAUACUCCACAGCAAUUUUCCAAGCUUUGGCUAAGUUUGGGUAGAAAGCUUCAACAUCCGACAGAGACCAAUAUGGUUUGGCUGGACCUGGAACCAACAGGCAUCGAUGAAGAGCGUUUUGCGGAUCUUGCUGAGAAUGCAGGAGUGAAGACCACGCGUGGUCACUUGCAAGGACGAGUCGUAUUUCAUUAUCAAAUCUGUGACCGUGCCUUGGAUGCCUUGGUAAAUCUUUUUGUGGAGCUUCUCAAGAGUAAGAGGUCGGUGUUUUGGGAAUAA